AUGAGUCUUGGUGGAGCCAGCGGCGAUGGCAGCAGAGAGGCGCUGGACCAAGGACUGCUUGGACCCUUGAGUGGGCAUGCCACGGCGGCGCAUCUCCUCACGCAAUUCAUCGACGGUCGGGGCUGGCGUUUGUCAAAGGUGUGCGCAAAGCGGAUAACAGGAUCGACGCUGUGUCGGGUCGUGCGCCUCGUUGGCGUCAACGAGCCUUCCUCGGCCCAAAAAACGGCUGGCGAGAUCGAUCCCCAGAUACAAGCAGAAAGAGAGAGAGAGAGAGAGAGAGAGAGAGAGGGAGAGAGAGAGGGAGAGAGAGAGGGAGAGAAGAAGGCGAGAAGACUGGCGCUGCUUGCUCAAUACGCGGGCACCGCCGUUUCGAAAUUCAAGAGGAAAAAUGCACUAAUGCCUUGCACGCUUACGCAAGCGUGCAAUAACAGCAAUGAGGGGAAACAGUGUGAUCGUAGUGUGAAGCGUGUAAAUCCCGCCCCCGUGUCUGCACCGCUACCAUCAGGCUACCAUCAGGCUACCAUCAGGCUACCAUCAGGCUACCAUCAGGCUGCCAUAUUGGACUGCCUCUCUCUCUGUUUUUUCUUCUUUCGAGGAGUUUCCGCCAUCAUGGCAGCGGAGGCGGCAGCCAGCGAGGAGCUUCUGCUGGAUCUCACGGCGGGCCCCGGCCAGUAUUCAACUCUGCAUUGGAUGCCCUGCAAAAUUCACCACGAUGGCCCGGCCAAUACAGACGCGUUUUUUUUCCCGUUGAUCCAGAGUGAAUCCCAGCCAAUCCAACUGGAAAACACGACAGGACAGCAACAUCUGUGCACCUUUCGCGGACGUCGUAUACAGGGCGCUACCGUGACCGUCCCCGACAAAUACAAAGGCACUGUUUUGCGGGACAAGUCUGUGCUGCACAGCGACACGAGUCUCCGUGUCAUGGAACCCGUGAGCCGCUUCAGCGAAUUCACGUACUGGAAUCUCGAUGAUGCUCCCUCUGAGUUUGACUUCCCUCUGACCGCCACUCACUACUUGGCAGCAGCCACCCAGGUGAGGGCCGUCGUCGACUGUCGUCAGCGCCCUGCCGCCUUGACAGAUUACCAAACCCACCGUCCCCCUUACUUUUGCGUCAACCAUGCGACCGACAGAUACACGAGCCCUUGA